AUGCAUGAGAGGAUGCGUUCCAAUGUGAGGUACGGAGAAAUGGAAAACGAGCCAGGGUGGGAGGAGUGUAGCUACCCAGGUAGCGAAAGGAACUUCCAGUCCCAUAGGGACCAGAUGGAUUACCAUUAUGAUCAAAUGUGGGCAAGGGAGGAGUGGCUACGCAGAGGGAGACACAGGUAUAGAAGUUCCUAUGAUAUUUGUCCUUUCGGUUGCACAGAUGCUGACAUGCUGAAGGAGCUAUCCGAAGCGGAGAUAAAUGAGAGACUUGCAAAGCUAGGCAGUCAAGUUAGCGUUAGGGAGAUGUUCAUUCUGUGGAGUAAUGUACAUAGGCAUGAAAGGAAAAAGUACAUUCAAAUGCAAGAAAGAGCAAAGAUGUUCUGCGACCAUUUAGUUGAGACCUUUCAAAUUCCAGAAGAGGUUAGGAUAAGAGUAUGGAUGAAGGUGCAUAGGUGUAUGACGUCUGUUUUUCUUCGCUUUGAAAGAAGACACCACAAACAUUUUUUUAUGCUUCUGAGGAGGGGCCCAUCUGCUAGGACUAACUUCCUUCGCUAUAUAAAUCGAACCCGCAAUGUGUGGAACAUGCGCAGGGUGAAGAUAAACAGCUACUGGCGUAGCAAGAUGGUUGGGUUUUUUAGGGGGUACUGGAACAGGUGCUUCAGUGGGGCGUACCGGGGUGCGGGUGUUAGAGGUUACGACAGAGUGGGGUCUAUGGAUCACAGCAGAGUGGGGUCUACGGAGUAUGAUAGUAGGGGCGUAAGACAACACGACAGGAGGUAUGCCAAUCGCUACGAUAGUAGUUAUGCGGACCGCUACGACAGCAGGUAUGCGGACCGCCACAUCAGCAGAUAUUCAGACCGCUACGACAGCAGGUAUGCAGGCCGCUACGACAGCAGGUAUGGCGGAUUGAACGAUAGAAGGGGCAGCAGCAUUUAUGGCAGUGUAGGUAGCAGCAUCUAUGGCAGUGUAGGUAGCAACAUUUAUGGCAGUGUAGGUAGCAGCUUGUACGGAAGUAGGGAUAGCGUCAUGUGCGAGAGUAGGGAUGGAGGGAUGGACGAGAGUAGAAGUGAGGGUCUUAAUGAUAGUAGAAGUGAGGGCCUUAAUGAUAGUAGAAGUGAGGGCCUUGAUGAUAGUAGAAGUGAGAGUCUUAAUGGGAGUAGGAAUGAGGGAUUGAAUGAGAGUAGAAGUGAAGGCUUGAAUGAGAGUAGAAGUGAGGGCUUGAAUGAGAGUAGAAGUGAGGGCUUAGAUGAUAGUAGAAUUGAAGGUUUAGAUGAGAGUAGAAGUGAGGGCUUGUAUGAUGGUAGUAGUGAGAGCCUUAAUGAGAGUAGGAGUGAGGGAUUGUAUGACAGUAUUAAUGAGGGCCUCGAUCAGAGUAGAAGUGAAGGCCUUGAUGAGAGCAGAGUUGAAGGCUUGAACAAGCGCACCAACGGAGGGAUGGAAGAAUCACGCGGUGGAGACAACGCGUAG